CCCAGAAGUUUUCCCAGAUAUUUUCACACUCCAGUCCAGUAUGAGGCGGAAAAGCGCCAUAACCUCCAUUAAACACGAGAAGAUGGAAGAAGAUCCCGCAGUUGGAGCUCUCAGUUCAAUGUUCAUCAUGAGAGAGCAGGUGGAUGUGAUCUGCUGUAAAUCAGUAGGAACUGAUCUGUCCAUGCUGGAUAUUAAUGAUUUCAUCACAGAAAUCUCUCAGCUAAACAAAGAAGUGACGUCACUGAAGAAAGAGGUGACGUCACUGAACGCAAAGCUGAAGGAGACAGAACUUGUUUCACACUGUACCUGUUUUGAGCGAGUUAAAGUUGAGAUUGAGCUGGAAAAGGUUUCAGGUCAAUCUUCAGUGUGUGUGACUGAUGGGACCUCCACAGAAUGUCAGGAUUCAGUGUGGAGUGGCAGAGAUCAGUCCACACCACAGCAGCUGCUGGACAAACUCUCUGAACAGAGAUCCAGAGACACACAGGACUCACAGCUCACUUUACUCUGUUCUACUGAUGCUCAGGAGAGUGUGUGUGACAGUAAUCAGGGUGAUCAAACCUCCACAGAGUCUCUGACUUCUGUCUGUAACGCUGGAGAACAGCAGAUGCUGCAGACACCAGUGAAGAUUGAAGUGAAGCAGGAGGAGAUAAAAGAAAACACAGCAGAGGAAAAACAGAGUGAUGAAGAUGAUAAUGAACAGCAGAUGCUGCAGACACUAGUGAAGAUGUGUUCAGUGAAGCUGCUGGACUGCAGAAACCUGAUGAAGAUGAGAGGAGAAACCACAACAGAGGAACAACAGCGAGAUGAAGAUAAUUUUAUGCCUUCAGAGCUGAUGGAAGAGCAAGAGGAACAUCAAGAGCUGAAUGAAGUUGAGGAGAAACUUCAGUGUCAGAAACAUCAUGAUUUAAUAACUGGAGAAAAAUCUUUGAGUGACUCAAAGACUAAGAAGAAUUUCUCACUAAAGUCUCAAAGAAGAGCAUCAAAAAAUACUUUCACCUGCUCUCAAUGUGGAAAGAGUUUCACAUAUAAAAGAGAUCUUAGUAUCCACAUGAGAAUUCAUACUGGAGAGAAGCCUUACUUGUGCCAUCAGUGUGGAAAUAGUUUUUCAUGUGCAGGCUCUCUCAAGAUUCAUCUCCUCCGUCACACUGGAGAAAGACCAUUUGAAUGUGAUCAGUGUGGUAAAACAUUUGUUGUGGCAGCGCACCUAAAAACACACCAGAAAACUCACACAAAUGAGAAGUCUUACAAGUGUUCUUUUUGUGGAAAGAGUUUUGCAUACCUGUCCUAUUUUAAAGCACAUCAGAAAAUACAUUAUGGCAUGGGUGCUCCAAUGUGCUUUGAAUGUGGGAAGACCUUUACAACAGCCAGCAACUUGAACAAGCAUCAAAGAAUUCAUACUGGAGAAAAACUUUACAAGUGUUCACAUUGUGAAAAGAGUUUCACUCAGUCAGAAAACCUGAAAACACACGAGAGAAUCCAUACUGGAGAGAAAGUUCACAAGUGUUCACACUGUGAAAAGAGUUUCACUCAGUCAGAAAGCCUGAAAAAACACAAGAGAAUUCAUACUGGAGAGAAACCUUAUAAGUGCUCACACUGUGGAAAGUGUUUCACUCAGUCAGAACACCUGAAAAGACACAAGAGAAUUCAUACUGGAGUGAAACCUUACAAGUGCUCACACUGUGAAAAGAGUUUCACUCAGUCAGAAAGCUUGAAAACACACGAGAGAAUUCAUACUGGAGAGAAACCAUAUAUGUGCUUUGAAUGUGGGAAAACCUUUACUACAGCCGGCCACUUGAAACAGCACCAAAGAAUUCAUACUGGAGAAAAACCUUACAAGUGCUCACACUGUGGAAAGUGUUUCACUCUUACAGAACACCUGAAAAGACACAAGAGAACUCAUACUGGAGAAAAACCAUACAAGUGCUCACACUGUGAAAAGUGUUUCACUCUUCCAGAGUACCUGAAAAGACACACGAGAAUCCAUAAUGGAGAAAAACCGUACAAGUGCUCACACUGCGGAAUGAGUUUCACUCUACCAGACAAACUGAAAAGACACACGAGAAUCCAUAAUGGAGAAAAACCAUACAAGUGCUCACACUGUGGAAAGACUUUCACUCAGUCACAAAGCCUGAAAACACACGAGAGAAUCCAUACUGGAGUGAAACCAUACAAAUGCUCACACUGUGGAAAGUGUUUCACUCAGUCAAUACACCUGAAAACUCAUGAGAGAAUUCAUACUCGAGUGAAAACAUACCACUGCUAUUCAUGUGGGGAAAGUUUCAGUGCGGCAAGUACUAUACAGAAACAUGUAACAAAGAAUUGCUCAAGUUGUCACAGUGAGCAAAAAUCAUCCUCAUGUCCAACGAUAUCAAGUAAAUAGUUUGAAAUUCAGAUAAACUCAGAUUUCUCCCAAAAGAGCAGCAUCAUUUAAAGCCCUAUUCGGAGGGAACUAGUUUUUCCUGAGGAGGUAAGGGAAAUCCGUGUUUCACAGACUUGAUUUUAAUCCCAUCUGAAUCUGACAAGUCUGUUUUUCUCACACAACCUCUGUAAAAAUUUCAGAGCAAAUCACCUAAUGUGGACGUUUCUCCAAAAAGUAAGAUCUUUGUCCCCAUGUGCACUUGCAAACUGUAGUCUGGCUUUUUUUAUGGUGGUUUUGGAGCAGUGGCUUCUUCCUUGCCGAGCAGCCUUUCAGGUUAUGUUGAUAUAGGACUCGUUUUACUGUGGAUAUAGAUACUUGUCUGCCUGUUUCCUCCAGCAUCUUCACAAGGUCCUUUGCUGUUGUUCUGGAAUUGAUUUGCACUUUUUGCACCAAAUUAUGUUCAUCUCUAGGAUACAAAAUGCGUCUCCUUCCUGAGCGGUAUGAUGGCUGCGUGGUCCCAUGGUGUUUAUACUUGCGCACUGUUGUUUGUACAGAUGAACGUGGUACCUUCAGGCAUUUGGAAAUUGCUCCCAAGGAUGAACUAGAAUUGUGGAGGUCCAAAAAAAAAUUUCUGGGGUCUUGGCUGAUUUCUUUUGAUUUUCCCAUGAUGUCAAGCAAAGAGGCACUGAGUUUGAAGGUAGGCCUUAAAAUACAUCCACAGGUACACCUACGAUUGACUGAAAUUAGCCAAUUAGCCUGUCAGAAGCUAACUAGCUAAUUGCCUAAAUGCUUGACAUAAUUUUCUGGAAUUUUCCAAGCUGCUUAAAGGAAUUAACUUAGUGUAUGUAAACUUCUGACCCACUGGAACUGUGAGAUAGUCAAUUAAAAGUGGAACAAUCUGUCUGUAAACAAUAGUUUCAUGCACAAAUUAAAUGUCCUAAAUGACUUGCCAAAACUAUAGUUUGCCAAUAUGAAAUCUGUGGAGUUUUAAUGACUUAAACCUGAGUGUAUGUAAACUUCUGAUUUCAACUAAGUCUUUUAUUCAAGUCGUAAAUAAGUUGCAUACAUUUGUAUUGUUUGGACAUAAAGUUUUCAAAGGUGUGGGUUUCAAAUUAUGAGGGGAUGGGAAGUAAUGUGGGCUCAUUUUAAACAAUGGAAGGAUGUGUUGUUUUUUUUUAAAUGGAUGUACUUAAAUACGCCUUGUACGAGUUAAUAUCUUUAGAGAAAGAUGGGGAGACUAUGGAAUAUUUUUAUUUAAUCAUUCAGUUAAUCCAUUAUUGAUAAUUGAAUUAAUAUGUAUGAAAUAUGCAAUGAUCUAAAAAUGACUGUGUAAUCAAUGUACUAUGAAUAACUGCAUUAUGAAUGUUAUUCAAUAUGUUAAAUAUUUAAUCAUUCAUUUAUUGAUUUAAUUAUUUACUCAGUUUAAUAAUCAAGGUGCAAAACAAUGGGAAAAUUACAGCCUCUUUCUAUCAAACUUUGUAUGACACAAAGGAAGACCUGUGUGAGGAUACUAAAAGGAUAAUUUAAUGAGCAGAACUGGUGUCCAAAAAAGCCUGAUGAUAUAUGCUUGUUAAUUAGUGCUAAAAAUGACAUGAAAAGCAUGUAAACUUUAUAUGACUUUAAGGGAAAUGUGUGUGGAUGACUUAAGGUCAGAGACAGGAACUGCCUGGUGUCCAAAAAAGGCAGAUGAUGUAUGUGCGCUAAUUAAUGCUAGAAAUGAGAUGAAACAAGUAUGUGGGCAGACAUAAAACUCUCCAUUUUUAGGAAUAUGUGUAACCAACGACUGUAAUAAGGGAAAUCAUUUAAUAUACUAAUCACAUUAAUGCAGGAAGUAAGGAUUGUUAGUCAAUCUAAAAUAUGUAACCAUAUGAAGUGAUUACAGUGUGUUUUAUACAUAGAAAAUGAAAUAGUCAUGCUUUUGCCAUCAUUGAAGCAAGUUGAGGUCAAAGGUGUCCAGCUAGAAGGGAAGCGAAGAUGAAACUAGGGAGGCAUAAGAUGAUUUAAUUGGAUGAAGAGGCCAUCACUCAAAGAGUUAUGGGGAGCAGAAACUAUAAAAAUGUAUGAUUCUGAAGUGUAAUUUUAGAUGCUCCAUGGACCACCUCGGCUUUGUUAUUUUCAUAAUAAUGUCUGUUUUUGGAAUCAGAACUUUGCACCUUCGAUAAAUGUUUGACUCGACUGAGCUUCUAUGGCUGUUGUGGGAAAUCUGCCAUGACAAAACUGAUUUGACACCAAUCUCCAUUUGAAAUUUUACUUUCCUAUGUCUGAUAACAAAAAUAACUAAUAAAUUGACAGAUUCUUGGCAAGUAAAUUUGUAUUUGGCUCCGUGACUUCACAACGGGGUAAAAGAUAUAUUUAAAGUCUUCAAUGUUCAUCAACACCCAAUUGUUCCUCCUAGUGAUGAAGACUAGUAGCAGCAAGUUAAGAGUGUGCAUUGCCACUAUACUGCUUUUCCUGCAAUGUCAGGUCGAAUUUCCAACUGUCUUUGAACCACUGAAAUAUUAGAGAAUUUGUAAAGCAAAAUGGGCUCUUUAUCACCCAUCAGAUAAUAAUGAUGAAAAAAAGAAUAUUUUGAAUGUGAAUAUUUUUAAAUGAAGUUUUGUGCAAAAUGUAUUCAGUUGAAAUAUUCAUAGCAUAAAUAUACAUUAAUGUUAGUGUAGCUCCAAAAAAUGCAAGCCCUGUUAAUUCAAUGUAGGGUUGUUGUUUUUUUUGUCUUUUUCUUAUUUUUAUUUUCUUCUUAAAGGAUUUUUAAAUGAACUUGUGUCUUUUAUUUUCUUUAUAAUUUCAAUGUAAAGCACUUUGAAUUACCACUGUGUAUGAAAUGCGCUAUAUAAAUAAACUUGCUUAGU